AUUAUAGUUCUUGAAUAUGCAGAAGGUGGAAAUUUUAAUGAUUAUUUAUAUAGAAAUUACAAAAUAUUUAAUUGGUUAAAUAAAAUACAAAUAUUAAUUGACAUUAUUAAAGGGCUUAAAGAAAUUCAUCAAAAGCAGAUGGUCCAUCGUGAUUUCCAUAUAGGAAAUAUAUUAUUUAAGCAUACUAAAUAUAACAAUACAUGUAUUUCUGACAUGGGAUUAUGUGGAGAAAUUGGUAAUAUCGAUGAAACGAAAAUUUAUGGAGUUAUGCCUUACGUAGCUCCCGAAAUAUUAAGAGGAAAUCCUUAUACUCAAGCAGCAGAUAUAUACAGUUUUGGAAUGAUCAUGUAUUUUAUAGCAACUGGAAGGCAACCCUUUUCUGACUGUGCUCAUGAUGAACUAUUAGCAUUAAAUAUAUGCAAUGGAAUUAGACCUGAAAUAAAUGAACCAAAAGCACCAAAAUGUUAUAUUGAUUUAAUGAAGAAGUGUUGGGAUCCAAAUCCAAGUAAUAGGCCAAAUGCUUUUAAAAUAGAAGAA